AUGGAGUGUCAAAAGCUCUCCCUGGAAGCCUCUGCCCACGCUGCACAGAACGACAGACUCCAUGUCCAAACCGUCGUUCAGGUGCAACAACAGCGCAUUCGGGAAGUUAGGAUAGCAGUGAAAUAUUUGGAAAGGGUAGGAAAAGAUAUCGAGCCAAGACAAGAACGUGAGAAGAGGGUUGUUUCAGAAACAGUAGUUAGUCUUCUUCAACGUGAGAAGAACUCGAAGCUUGACUUGGAAAAGAAGAUGGCAAUGCAACUUGGACAGACACUGUUAGAUGAUCUAUUAAUCCCUUCUUAUUCCUUCACUGGAGAAACAUUGUUUGAUGUUGAAACUGUUCAGAAUAACAGAGAUGGAAUGUAUAGAGCAAUUGAUAUCUACUUGAAGGCUAAUCCAGUAUUAAGUGACGUAGAGAGAAAGAGAGAGAGUUUGCAGUGUGAUCGAGUGUCAAAAGCUUUCCCUGGAAGCCUCUGCCCACGCUGCCAGAACGAGACUCCCUGUCCAAACCGUCGUUUAGGUGCUUUACUAAUAACAAUGGCGGAAGUUAGGAUAGCAGUGUCAGUUAUUCCACUGCACUUCCAACCAAAGUGGAUCAGUUCACCAUUGACAUCCAUCCAGUAUCAAAUGAGCUCUCAAUUUUACGCAAAGAAAAUCAGGACCUGA